AUUUGAAUUAAGCUAGCGUUCCUAAGGAGAAAUAGGUCGACUAUUGUGUUCUCACAUUCGUCGAGCAAUAAUUCUCUGGAUUCCUUCCUUCGUUUCCUCCGAGAACCUUAGUGUACGUUAAGGUUGGGGGAGACACCAGAAAAGCAAGAACAAAAAUAAAAAGAAGCUGAAGAUGAGCAUUGCAGAGGAGAAGAUCGAGAUAAUUACAAAUGAGGAAUGGUUAAGCUCGUUGAAGACGAGGGUAGCCGAAACAAAAUGGGAGGGUUGGUGCACCGAUGGGCCGACCAUCUCCAAAGUCCCUAGAAUCUUUCAAGAGGUAAAUCCGAAGGCAUAUGAGCCUAAGAUGGUGUCGCUCGGCCCCUACCACCAUCGCAACAUACACCUGAAAGCUAUGGAAGAUCUGAAAUGGCACUACCUCCAGAAAUUCCUGGGCCGAAACCCCGGCAAAUCACUGGAAGACUACAUCGAGCAGAUAAAAAAAAGAGAGCUCUUGGCACGUAUGGCCUAUUCAGAAAAAGUGGACAUGAGUAGUGAUGAGUUCGCCCAGAUGAUGCUGCUUGACUGCUGUUUCGUGAUUGAGAUCAUACACUCGUGGAAACCGUUUGUGGAAAUAAAAGAAACAGUGCCAACAUUCCGUACGAGGCUACCGAUGUCGAUGCAUCAAACGGUUGGGAAAGGAACAGAAGCUGUGCAGAAUCCAAAUACAAGUACACGGUACAUUCUACCAGCGAUCGCGCGAGACAUGCUGAUGCUGGAAAACCAGCUUCCUUUCUUCCUCCUCCAGACUCUGUUCGACUCGGCUUAUCCUGACAAGUCUGAUCUCCUAAAAAAGCACGCAUUCGAAUUCCUCGGCGAAACAUUCAUGAACAGGAAGAUGAAAUUGGCAUCCGACAAUGGGGACGUUUACCAUCUCCUACAUAUGCUCCAUUUUAGCAUUUCCCCCCCAGAAAAGAACCGAGACGACGGUGAACCCUUCGUCUUCUGCUGGCCCUUACAGUCGAUGAAAAAGUCACGCCACCAACCCAAAGACGAUCUAGAGGGGACCGACCACCAAACUCGCCAGCUGAAAUGGAUUCCAAGUGCGACGCAGCUGAUGGAGGCUGGAGUACAUUUUAGGAAGAAGGAGAAGGCCAUGAACUUAUUGGACAUCACCUUUCAUAAUGGUGUGAUGGAGAUCGCCUUGCUUCAGAUAGAUGACAGCACCGAGACCUUCCUCAGGAACCUCAUAGCAUUCGAGCAGUGCUCCAAGAAUGUCAGCCUUCAUGUCACGGCCUACGCGGCUUUCAUGGAUUGCAUCAUCAACACCGCCGCCGACGUCGCGUUGCUCCAGCAACAUGGGAUCAUCCUUAGCGGUUUGGGCGACGGCAAGCAAGUCGCUGAUCUAUUCAACAAACUUUGCAAGGAGGUGACGUUGGACUACGAGAAAAGUUAUGUUUCAGGCAUCUACAAAGAUGUCAACAAGCACUGGACCAACAAAUACAACCAAUGGCGAGCGAGGCUUAAUCAUGAUUACUUCAGUAAUCCUUGGGCGGUCAUCUCGGUGUUUGCAGCUAUCUUGCUCUUCGGUCUCGCCAUAACGCAGACCAUCUAUUCUGCUCUGAGCUAUGUUCGACCGCCAAAUUAGUCUCCGUAUUAUUAUUAUUAUUAUCUUCUGCCUCUUCCUGAAGUGUUUGAAAUCUUACUGGUACUGUACGAUUCUCUGG